CCCCGGGCCGGCGCAGCGGCCGCCAGACCUACAGCCGCUACCAGACGCUGGAGCUGGAGAAGGAAUUCCUGUUCAACCCGUACCUGACGCGCAAGCGGCGCAUCGAGGUCUCGCACGCGCUGGGGCUGAGCGAGCGCCAGGUGAAAAUCUGGUUCCAAAACCGCCGCAUGAAGUGGAAAAAGGAGAACAACAAGGACAAACUGCCCGGGGCCGGGCGCGACGAGGAGAAAAACGAGGAGGAAGGCAACGAGGAAGAGGAGAAGGAGGAGGAGGAGAAGGAGGAGAGCAAGGACUGAGCCGCCCGCGGGGUUUUUAUUCCCGGUUUUUAUGGCGGAUGAUAAAUCGCGGCCUUUACUGCGGUCAUUUCGUUUUAUGGAGUGGAGCUACCUGGCAGCUUCUUGCUUUUUUUUUUUUUUUUAUUGCCGGGGAAACUUGGAUUUUUCAUUUUUUUAGGGUUUUUUUUUUUUAUUUUCCCACCCUCUUAUCCGCCGUUUAUUCCGAUUUUUUUAAUCCUUUCCCCCC